UCAACAUUCAGUAGUCAGUAUUCACACAUCACAGUUCGGACUCUCAGUGCCAUAGUAUACCUAUAUAAAAGUGAGGUUAUGUUCAGUACAAGUCGGCCUUCUGUCACUUUAACUUUGUAGACCCAUUGAUAAAAAGUGUUAAAUAAAUGAAGUGGGUAUUCUUCAGUGUUCAACCAAUUGACUAUUCAAUUAUUUAACCAACAAAAGACGAACAAUUAUUAAAAGGAUCAACCAGGCUACAAUAAAACAGUAGAAUCCAAAUACUGCAACAAAAUACACGAGAUCGGUUACGGAAGACAAUUCAGAAUACAUCGGUGUUCAAAGAAAUUAUUUUGACUACGAAUACGAGGAUCUGUGCAACGCCUCCGAUCAGUUUUCCCGGCGCGAAGGAUAUAACGCUCAUCGGCCGUGGCCCUUCACUCUCAUCCCCCUCAGCUGCAAUCAAUCUCCGAUCGACCCAGUGCGGAUACCACUAACUGACCCCAGGAGGAUCAAGUACACCUCAAGGCCGACUACACCUGAACUUUAGGAUUGGAGAUCUAAACACAUUUCGAAGACAUCCAAGUAAAAAAUCAAGAUGUUCGAAAGAAGCACUUGCGGAAUGUAUUUAUUCGCAAACGUCGUAUGCUUAUGAACUUCCAGAGGUUAUGUCAUGAGCAAAGAAACGAUCUGCUCAUCAAGUGGAUGCAAAUUAACGAUUCGAGACCUCUAACACUACUUAUAGACGGUAUACGGUACCGGAGAAUAUGGAUGAAAGAAAGGAGUAAUGAUUUCUGGCAUAGAAUUGUGAAUAAUCACUACACUACAAUAGAAUGGCUAGAAAGUUUUCGGAUGUCUAAAGACAGUUUUUUAGAAUUAUGCAAUCAUCUUAAAGCUGAACUGGAACCAAAAGAACAAAUGUUAAAAUCGAGAGAUGCUUUGUCUGUAGAAAAACAAGUAGCUGUUACUCUAUACAAACUAGCAAGUUGUGCAGAGUACAGGGUAAUUGGAAAUGUAAUGGGCAUACACAAAUCAACAGUAAAAAAGUGUAUAUAUAGAGUAGUGAAAGCUAUCAAUAAAUUAAUGCUUCGAGAUUACAUAUAUAUGCCCCAUGAGCUUGAAGCAAAUCACAUAGCACAAAAGUUCGAAGAAAAAUCUUUUAUUCCACAAAUUAUUGGCAGUAUCGAUGGUACGCACAUACCAAUCACUGCACCGAAAGAAGGCUACAGAGAUUUUGUAAACAGAAAAGGAUGGACGUCGUAUAAUGUUCUUGCAAUUGUUGAUCACAAUGGAAGAUUCAGAAACGUCGUUAUAAAACAUCCAGGUAGCACUCAUGACGCUGCUGUUUUGAAAGAUAGUGUUCUGUAUAAGAAUAUUAAUAUCAUCAUACCUCAGGUUACACGAAACAUUAAUGGAAUGGAUAUACCUUUCAUGAUUGUUGGUGAUCCAGCUUAUCCGUUGUUGGAAUGGCUUCUAAAAGGCUAUUCUGGCUCAUUGUCAGCGGAAGAAGAGUCCUUUAAUGUAUAUUUGAACUCUGCCCGAGUAUCUAUAGAAAUGGCAUUUGGUAGAUUAAAAGCUAGGUGGAGGAUUUUGCAGAAACGAAUCGAAUCUGAUUACAAAUUUGUGCCUGAAAUUAUUACAACUUGUUGCAUCUUGCACAACUUUGUUGAAAGUAAGAAUGAUCGGUUUAUCAUUCAGUGGUUGGACGAGGUUGAAGAAUCUAAUCGGUUAUUUCCUCAACCACGAUCCACAUCUAACGUUGAAAGAGAAGGUUUUAAUAGUACAGCUAUAAGAAAUCACUUGAAACAAUACUUGUCAGAUAAUUUUCCUUUAAGAAAAGCCUUGAUAAGGCAGUGAAAACGAGCAGUU